AUGCGAACUAUGUUUCAAGAGUUGCUACGUCAAUUAUUUUCUGAUCAAUGUCAAUUAACUUAUCUUCAUCUUGAUAUUACGAAUACAUUUUACAAUAUUUAUCAAUGCUUAGAUUCAAAUUCUCAUCUUAAAUCAAAUAUAAUUUCUACUGAGUAUCAAUCUUAUUGUUUAACUCUGCGUCAUUUGGAGAUUCAACUCGGUUAUACAUAUAUUCUUGAAUAUAUCAUUGAACAUGUACCCAAUCUCGAAAAAUUAUCGGUUUAUGUUGAAGGUUCACUAAUUGAUAAUGUUAACUUUAGUUCAAACAUUCAAAGAUCGAGAUUAUCAAAUGAAAAUUGGUUUAAUAAAAUACCAAAAUUGGAAUGCUUCAAAUUGAAGAGUUAUAUUGAAAAUGAUUUAGAAUUUAGUUAUUUAAAAUGGCUUCUUAACAAUAUUAAUCAUAUUAAAAAACUUGAAAUUCAUUUAUAUAUUCGAAAACUAUCGAAAUCGGAUCAAUUCAUAUUGAAAUCUUUUAUUGAUGCAAAUUUUAUUCAUCAAUAUUGUUUACCUGAUCAAAUAAUUAAUUUAAAAGAUUUUCGUUUUUAUAUUCGUGUAAAACGGCAAUUAUCAUUAGAUGAUAUCAAAAAAAUAAUAAAUUCAUUUAAAACAAAUUCUUUUUUUAUUUAUCAUCAAUGGACAACUGUUAAAUGUUUUUAUAAUAAAAAAAAAUCAUAUCAAUAUCUGUUCUCGUCUAUUCUUGAUCAAUAUCAGCUCUUUGAUGGUUUAUUGUAG